AUGGCUCCUCGCGCAGCCUCACCGGCGCUCUCGGAAAAUGAAUUCGACAUCUUCGACAACCUCGCCGGUUCAGACGCUGAAGAACAGAGCAACAACCUGGGCACAGAUCUUGGCAUCGACCUCGACGUGGGCAGUGAUGGAGGAUCAGAUGACGAGGCAUUCAUCGCAGCGAGGCAAGCUGCUUCAAACCGAAAAGCGGCAAACGUCAAGGGUACUGGAAAGAAGGGCGGUGGCUUCCAGGCCAUGGGCCUAAAUGCGCUGCUUUUGAAGGCUAUUCAGCAGAAGGGCUUCAAGAUGGCGACACCCAUUCAGCGCAAAGCGAUUCCACUCUUGCUGCAAGGCGAAGAUGUGGUGGGCAUGGCUAGGACAGGCUCCGGAAAGACGGCUGCGUUCGUCAUUCCCAUGAUCGAGAAGCUCAAGACGCACUCUGCGAAGGUUGGCGCGCGUGGCAUUAUCAUGUCUCCUUCUCGUGAGCUUGCGCUGCAGACGUUGAAGGUUGUCAAAGAAUUUGGUCGUGGCACAGACCUCAGGACAAUUCUGCUCGUUGGUGGUGACAGUCUGGAGGAGCAGUUCAGUUCCAUGACCACGAAUCCGGAUAUCAUCAUUGCAACUCCAGGUCGAUUCCUACAUCUCAAAGUCGAAAUGGGCUUGGACCUGUCCUCUGUCAGAUAUAUUUGCUUCGAUGAAGCCGACCGCUUGUUCGAGAUGGGUUUCGCUGCACAACUGGCCGAAAUCCUUCACGCUCUGCCAACAUCAAGACAAACGCUACUUUUCAGUGCUACCCUGCCAAAGUCACUUGUGGAGUUUGCACGUGCAGGUCUGCAGGACCCUAAGCUUAUUCGGCUCGACGCCGAAAGCAAAAUCUCCCCGGACCUAAAAAGUGCAUACUUCACCAUAAAGUCUGGAGAUCGAGACGGAGCGUUGCUCUAUUUACUCGAACAGGUCAUCAAGGUUCCGCCGGGUGAGACGGAGGCGUCCAAAGCGAGAAAGGAGGAGGGGAGCUUGAGCGUUGGCGCAAAGCGCAAACGUAAGCAGUUCACGGCAAAGGACGUUGCAGUCGCCGAGUCCACGAUCAUCUUCGCCGCUACCAAACAUCGAGUCGAGUAUCUAUCUGAGCUCCUGAAGUCUCUCGGCUACCCAGUGUCUUACCUGUACGGCAACUUGGACCAAACAGCGCGCAAAGCCCACGUCGAGGAGUUCCGGUCUGGUCUUACCCGCAUUUUGGUCGUUACCGACGUCGCGGCUCGUGGUGUUGAUAUGCCUCACAUCAAUCAUGUCAUCAACUAUGACUUCCCCUCGCAACCGAAGAUCUGCGUACACAGAGUUGGACGAACAGCCCGUGCCGGACGUAAGGGAUGGGCAUAUAGUCUGUGUCGCCAUGUCGAUCUCCCGUAUUUAUUGGACUUGCAGCUAUUCCUCGGUCAAAGGCUGCUUGUCGGCAGAUCCACCGCAGAAGCAAAUUUUGCCGAGGACUUCGUCGUCGGUAGUCUGGCUCCUUACCAACUGGAGGCUUCGGUAGAAGUGGUGAACAAGAAGCUUGCCGAUGAUGAAGAUUUGGCGUUGUUGCAAAGUGUUGCCGACAAGGGUGAGAAGCAGUACCAAAGAACACGCAACCAAGCUAGCGCCCCAAGUGUUCACCGAACCAAGGAGCUACUUGCAGAUCCUCAUUUUGCCGACACUCAUGUUCUGUUCAAGGACGAGGUUCACGAUGCGUUACAAGAGAAGGAGAAGAUGCUACAGAGGAUCCAGGGUUUCAGGCCCGCGGAAACCGUUUUCGAAAUUGGGAGACGUGGCACGCAGAGUGAAACCGCAGAGAUCAUGCGCAGAAGAAGGAUACAGGUCGAGAGGCAACAGGAGAAGCAAAGAGCCAAUGCACGAGCUAGCGACGCGCCCGUCGCAAGUCUUGCAGCUCCUGGCGAGGCUGAUAAGAAGGACGUCGACUUGGAGGACGAAGACGAUGUGCCAGCUGACACUGGUGCGUACGACUCUGAUUCUGACGAGCUCGAAGUGUCUGUGUCCAUGCCCGCCUCAAAGAAGCCCAAGAACGACGAUUUCCGAGAAGGAGAAUUCUUCAUGUCUUACCUGCCGAAGGAGAACUAUGCAGAAGAGAAGGCAUACGGUGUGAGCGGUGGAGAUGCUGGCAACAACUUCGUCUCAGCUGCAAGAGCCGCAGAAAUGUCGCUCGUCAACGAUGAAAUCCAAGGUUUCGCCGAUGCAAGCAAAGCACGUAUGAGAUGGGAUAAGAAGUCCAAAAAGUACGUUGCCCGCGCCAACGACGAGGAUGGCUCCAAGGGUGCCAAGAUGAUUCGUGGCGAAAGUGGCCAGAAAAUCGCUGCCAGUUUCCGCAGUGGACGCUUCGAUGACUGGCGCAAGGCAAACAAGAUGGGUCGUAUGCCUCGUGUUGGUGAACAAGAGGCUGCAGGUCGAGCACCUGGCAAGACUCAACAUUACAAGCACAAGGCCGAGAAAGCACCCAAAGAUGCAGACAGAUACCGCGACGACUACGAGGUGCAGAAGAAGAGGGUUCAGGAAGCCAAGGAGAAGCGCGUCGGCAAAUUCAAGGACGGUACCGGCAAGAGCGAACUCAAGGACGUCAACGCUGUGCAAAAGCAGCGCAAGAUUGCAGAGCAGCGUCAAAAGAAAAACGCCAGGCCAUCAAAGAAGAGGAAGUUUUGA